UGCUGCUCCGGGGGGCUGACCUGGCGGGGAGUGGCAGCGCAGUUCAUUCCGGCGCCGCUUUGUGCGCGCAGCCUCGCGUCCUCCUGCUCUUGGGUCUGCCCCCCGGGACGCGCCCCUGCCGGCCCCAGUCAUGCAACUCUACCUGCCUCUCCUCUGCGGACCUUUGGGAAGCAGCCGCCCACCCCGGGGGCUCGGGCCCUGACCGUGCCGGGAGCCGGAAUUCAUCAUGAGACUUUUGGGACCCUUGGUAGGAGGGAUUUUAGAACCAGCAGUCUUUGGAUUAAGUCGGGUGAAAGAAAAGAGGGACAUCAUUUCUGGGUGUGGGCAAGGCCCACCACAAUGCCUUCCUUACACAUAAACAAAACCUUGUGUGACUAAGUGCAACCAUGGUACAUCCAGAUUCUCCUCAACAGUGAGACCUUCCAAAGGACCAAUGACUCUGUUCCCUGUGCCCUUUCAUUUUUUCCUACUCUGUAGCUAUGUCUCGAUCCCGCCAUGCAAGGCCUUCCAGAUUAGUCAGGAGGGAAGAUCUAAGCAAAAAGAAAACCAGCCAACUGAAGAAGACAUCCAAACCAGCCAACAAAAAUGCCGCAUCAGUAAAGACUGUGAACCCUGGAAAAUUAAAACAAGUAAUUCAAGAAAGAGAUGUUAAGAAAAAAACAGAACCCAAACCACCUAUGCCAGUGAGAAGCCUUCUGACACGUGCUGGAGCAGCACGGAUGAAUUUGGAUAGGACUGAGGUUCUUUUUCAGAACCCAGAGUCCUUAACUUGCAAUGGGUUUACAAUGGCUCUCCGAAGUACCUCCCUUAGCAGGCGACUCUCCCAACCCCCAGUGGUCAUAGCCAAACCUAAAAAAGUUCCACCUCCUAAGAAUUUAGAAAAGCGACAUGAAUGUAAACAUAAGGUACUUAGUGACAUGGGAGUAAAGCAUUCAGAAAAUGAUUCGGUGUCAGUGCAAGACCCUCUAAACCCUCCUAACAUAGAUAAUCUAAUCAGUGUACAAAAUGCAUCUUCAAUUAAAGGUGAGAGCCAAGAGACAAUCCAAUCUUGGUCCCAAAGGGUCGAGGAUUCCAAAGCAAAUACCCCCAAUCACUGUGGCUCUGAGACAGAGAUUCUUUCUGGGUCUUUGGAAGGGACACAUGGUGGUGAAGAAUCAUUAUCUAAGGAGACAUUGAAUAACAGCGAUUCCCCUCAAAUAUUUGCUCAGGACACCCUAUGUGCUCCUUUGCUCCAAAGAGCAGCCCUCAAUGUUACCUCUGAAGGAAAUCCCAACAUUCAGUUAGAAGAUUUAGGUUCACGAGUAGAAUCUCUUAAGCUAUCUGAUUCUUACCUGGAUCCUAUCAAAAAUGAACAAAGAUGCUGUCCCACUUCCAGCUUUAAUAAGGUUAUUCCUGAAUUGGACCUUGGAAACUGUUUGUCUAUUGGUGGGUCAAUAUAUCCUACCUCAUUAAUAAAACUCCUCUUGGCAGGCUCAGAACAAGAAACCCUGGGUGCUAAACCAGAUCAUCAAGAGGUACUUAAAGCUACCCCAGAUCAACAGGAAGUUACUGAUGCCGCCCCUGUCCUAGGACAGGCCUUUAGUGCUAUCCCACAUCAAUGGGAAGUUCCUGGUGCUAAUAUAGUUCAUAAAGAGGCUCUCGGUGAGACAACAGACCCACCAGAGGUUCCUGGUGCUAUUUCAAUCCAAGGAGAGGUCUUUGGUGCUAUCCUAAAUCAACAAAUCCUUGGUGUGGCCAGUGGUACUGCCUCAGACUCACCUCUUUUUCUUCCUGCCCCUCUAAACCCAAUUGCUACCUUUAAUGCUCUCCCAGAGUGGCCUGAAUCCCAGAGCACUUUUUCGUAUGGGCUUGAUGUCCAGGGUGCUAUGCAGAUAUUGCCUUUGGGCUCAGGCCACACCCCUCAGCCAUCAUCAGACUCAGAGAUAAGCUCGGUACCUCCAAUGAUGGCUCUGAGCAAUAAAGAAAAUGAGGUUCAUAAAAGCUUUCUGCCGCUGAAUACUCAGGGGUUUGCAUUAGCCUCUGAGAGAGGACACUAUCAGGCUUCACAGGGCAUUGCCCAACUCUGCCAGGCUGGUCCCAGCAAAUCAGAAGGGGUGAGCUCCCAGCCCAGCAUGACCAGCACGAUCAACACCACUGUUGUGUCUAUCCCAGUGUCAGUUGCCAGCACCUCCUCUUCUUCCUAUAAAACUUCGCAACCUACUUUGGAAAAGAAGAAAAGAAAGCGAUGCGGGGUCUGUGCACCCUGCCAGCAGAAGACCAACUGUGGUGAAUGUACUUACUGCAAGAACAGAAAAAAUAGCCAUCAGAUUUGUAAGAAGAGGAAAUGUGAGGAACUGAAAAAGAAACCACCUGCCACUGUGCCUUUGGAGGUUAUAAAAGAAAACAAGAGGCCCCAGAGGGAAAAGAAGCCCAAAGUUUUAAAGGCACAUUUUCACAACAAACCAGUAAAUGGCCCCAAGUCAGAAUCCAUGGAAUACAGUAGAUGUGGUCAUGGGGAAGAACAAAGAUUGGAAUUGAACCCACGCCCCCUUGAAAAUGUAGCUAAAAAUGAAGACAGUAAGACAGGUAAUGAGGUGGAGAAGUGGCCACAAAACAAGAAAUCACAUUUAACCAAUUAUGUCAAAGGAGAGUUUAGGACAGCUGUGACAGAAACAGAAAGGUUGAAAAGCUCUGAAGAUGAAAGCAAGAAAGUCCUACUCACUGACCUCCUUGAACCUGAGAAGUUAUUUGUACAAACUGUAAGAAAUGGCAUUAAAAAUGUACACUCUUUACCAACUGAAACAAAUGUGUCAAUUAAAAAAUGCAAUUUUGAAGAAUUUGACAAGGCAAUUGAAAAUAAUUCCUGUAAGUUCCUGAAAGACACUGCAAAUCAUAACAAUGCCAUGAGCUCCAUUGCUACUAGUGCGAGCUGUGAUCAUCUCAAGGGGAGAAAUAAUGUUUUGGUCUUCCAGAAGCCUGGCUUUAACUGUAAGUCUUUUCCAGAUCCUGCAAACUUUAACAUAAAUAGUCAUACCAGUACCCACAAUGAAAAUGAUCAAACUCCAGAGACUGUCCCAAGUAAAAACCCAAAAGAUGGAUCUCCAGUUCAACCAAGUCUUCUAUCCCUCAUGAAAGAUAGGAGGUUAACACUGGAGCAAGUGGUGGCCAUAGAGGCUCUGACACAGCUUUCAGAAGCUACAUCUGAGAAUUCCUCACCAUCAAAGUCAGAGAAGGAUGAAGAAACAGAGCACAGAACAGCUAGUUUGCUUAAUAGCUGCAAAGCUAUCCUCUAUUCUGUAAGAAAAGACCUCCAAGACCCAAAUUUACAAGGGAAGCCACAAAGCUUUCAUCAUUCUCCAUCUCUCGCAAAGCAAAGUUCACGAAACAUGGUGGUGUUCAAUGGCCAAAAUACCAUAUCCAAGUCACACAGUAACUCAGCUACUAACCAAGCCUCCUCAAAGACACAGGAAUAUUCAAAGGCCACAAAUUCUUUUUUAACACCAAAUUCAUCUAAACUUGACAAUAAAAAUGUUGUUCAAAGCAGAUUUACUCUAGACAGUUCUUCCAAGAAUUCGAUGCCUUUGCUACCUAGAAUUAAUAAAUUGGAGCAUUGCCACCAGUCACUGGACAGCAGUAAAAAAUUGGACUCAAAGAAUGACCCAUCAUGCCAAGAUACAGCUCAUAGUAAAGUAGAGGAAGAUGUUGCAACACAGUUAACACAACUUGCAUCAACAAUUACAUUCAACUCCAUAAAAUUAGAGGACAAAAAUGUUGAAAGAACACCAACAAGCCAUGUUGCAUACACUGUACAGCAAAAAUAUAGUCAGGAGAAGGGCACAGUACAACUGAAACCACCAAGUAUACCGAAUAAUCAUGGCUCAUUAUUAACAAAGCAAAAGAACACAACUCAGAAAAAGACAAAAUCUACCCCAUCAAGAGAUCGGCGGAAAAAGAAGCCCACAGUCAUAAGUUGUCAAGAAAAUGACCAGAAAAAGCAGGAACAGUUGUCAUAUGAGUAUAGAAUGUUGUAUGAUAUUUGGAUGGGAUCUAAAUUUCAAAAAUUUGGUCAAUUUGGUCCACAUCAUUUUCCUAUCUUGUUAGGAAAAAUAUCUCCAGCCAAAGAAUGGGAACCAGUGACUCAAAUGAGGUCAGCAUCAGAACCCAAAAAAUUAUUUCACCCAGUUGCUCAGAUAGAAUUCAAGCGAAGUUAUCCUGAAGUAGUGGCACAGGAGAAAAUGAUAAAGGUUGAACCAUUGAAUAUUCUGUCCACAUCCCAUUUAAAAAUAGAAUCCAAUGGGCAGGAGUUUACAGAAAAAAUUUAUAAUUCUCAGGUACAGCCAAUAGUGAAUGUCAAUCAGAAAAUUCAUCCUUUACCCCAGCUCUCCUCUCCAACUAACCAGUGUGCUAAUGUGAUGGCUGGCAAUGACCAAACACAGUUCCAGCAGGAUGUUAAAGACCAACUCACACAUCAGAGAAUACCAGCAUUACCUGGCAUCUCUCACGAGACUCCAUUACUGGAUCCAGCACAAAUACUCAGGAAUGUAAAUGUAGUGUGUUCAGGUGGAAUUACAGUGGUUUCUACCAAAAGUGAUGAGGAAGUCUGUUCAUCUAGUGUUGGAGUAUCAGAAUAUUCCCUAGUAGACAGUGCACAGAAAAGUUUCAAUGAUUAUGCCAUGAACUACUUUACUAAACCUACAAAAAACCUGGUGUCUACAACAAAAGAUUCUGAAUUACCAACCUGCAACUGUCUUGAUCGAGUUAUACAAAAAGACAAAGGCCCAUAUUAUACACACCUUGGGGCAGGACCAAGUGUUGCUGCUGUCAGGGAAAUCAUGGAGAAUAGGUAUGGUCAAAAAGGAAAUGCAAUAAGGAUAGAAAUAGUAGUUUAUACUGGAAAAGAAGGGAAAAGCUCUCACGGAUGUCCAAUAGCUAAAUGGGUUUUAAGAAGAAGCAGCGAUGAAGAGAAAGUCCUUUGUUUGGUCCGGCAGCGCACAGGCCACCACUGUCCAACAGCUGUGAUGGUGGUGCUCAUCAUGGUGUGGGAUGGCAUCCCGCUCCCGAUGGCUGACAGGUUGUACACGGAGCUCACGGAAAACCUCAAGUCUUACAAUGGCCACCCCACCGACCGCAGAUGCACUCUAAAUGAAAAUCGUACCUGCACAUGUCAAGGGAUUGAUCCAGAAACUUGUGGUGCUUCAUUCUCUUUUGGCUGUUCAUGGAGUAUGUAUUUCAAUGGCUGCAAAUUUGGUAGAAGUCCAAGCCCUAGAAGAUUUAGAAUUGAUCCGAGCUCCCCCUUACAUAGCUACUAUGAGAGAAUUACUAAAGGACGUAUUCCAGAAAGAAGAUAUAUGAAACCGGAACGAGUCUGUCCGGGACAAGAGGCCAUGGAAAAAAACCUUGAAGAUAAUUUACAGAGUUUGGCUACACAAUUGGCUCCAAUUUAUAAGCAGUAUGCCCCAGUUGCUUACCAAAACCAGGUGGAAUAUGAACAUGUUGCCCGAGAAUGUCGGCUUGGUAGCAAAGAAGGUCGUCCUUUCUCUGGGGUAACAGCUUGUCUAGACUUCUGUGCCCAUCCUCACAGGGACAUUCACAACAUGAAUAAUGGAAGCACUGUGGUUUGUACUUUAACACGAGAAGAUAACCGUGCACUGGGUGUUAUUCCUCAAGAUGAGCAGCUGCAUGUGCUACCCCUUUACAAACUUUCAGAAACAGAUGAGUUUGGUUCAAGGGAAGGAAUGGAAGCCAAGAUAAAAUCUGGGGCCAUUGAAGUCCUUGCACCCCGCCGCAAAAGAAGAAAACGCUUUACUCAGCCAGUUCCUCGUUCUGGGAAGAAGCGAGCAGCAAUGAUGACAGAGGUUCUUGCGCACAAGAUAAGGGCUGUGGAAAAGAAAUUCAUUCCUCGAAUCAAGCGGAAGAAUAACUCCACCACAAACAACAGUAAGACUUCUUUGCUACCACUUUUAGGGAAUAAAACUGAGACCUUGCAACCUGAAAUAAAAAGUGAAAUUGAACCCCAUUUUAUCUUCAAAGGCUCGGACAUCAAUAAAACCUGCCCACUGGCCCCAUCCAUUCCUCACCCCGUGAAAGAGACAAACUUAUCGCCAGUCUUCUCCUGGUCCCCUAAGAAUACUUCAGCCUCAACAAUUCCUUUUAAGAACGAUGCAACAGUUUCCCAUGGGUUUUCAGAAAGAAGUAGCAAUCCCCACUGCACAAUGCCUUCUGCAAGACACAGUGGUGCUAAUGCAGCUGCUGGGGAGUACACUAGAAUCGCACAGACUGGUGAAGUGGCUCCUCUCUCCACCUUGUCUACUCCCAUAACAGAUUCUAUGGUUUAUUCUGAGCCUCUCACAGGUCCAUCUGAGCAGCUAACUUCUAAUCAGCCUCUUCAGCCGUCCCCAUUCGUCAGCUCUCCUCAUGAAGUCGCCUCCUCGCUGGUGGAAGAAGAUGAGCAGCAUUCUGAAGCAGAGGAUCCUCUAUCAGAUGACCCCCUAUCAGACGACCCCCUCUCACCUGCUGAGGACAAAUUGCCCCACAUCGAUGAGUAUUGGUCAGACAGUGAGCACAUCUUCUUAGAUGCCAAUAUUGGCGGGGUGGCAAUAGCACCUGCCCAUGGCUCCAUUUUGAUAGAGUGUGCCCGGCGAGAGCUUCACGCUACAACCCCUGUCGAGCACCCAAAUCGGAAUCAUCCCACACGCCUCUCCCUUGUCUUCUACCAGCACAAAAACCUGAACAAGCCCCAACAUGGUUUUGAACUAAACAAGAUUAAGUUCGAGGCUAAAGAAGCUAAGAAUAGGAAAACUAAGGCCUCAGAGCAGAAAGACCAGGCAGCUAGCGAGGGUCCUGAGCUACCCCCUGAAAUUAAUGAAUUGAACCAAAUUCCUUCUCAUAAAGCAUUAACAUUAACCCACGACAAUGUUGUCACCGUGUCCCCUUAUGCUCUCACACAUGUUGCAGGGCCCUACAACCACUGGGUCUAAAGGCUUUUCUCCCCUUCUUAAUGCCUUUGCUAGUGCAGUGUAUUUUUUCAAGGUGCUGUUAAAAGAAAGUCAUGUUGUCGUUUACUCUUAUCUUCAUCUCACCCAUUUGAAGGCUGAGGUAAAACACAAAAAUGGGGUGGGUAUUUCUUAACUGUGACUAUAUUUUGACAAUUGGUAGAAGGUGCACAUUUUAAGCAAAAAUAAAGCUUUUCUAGUUUUAAAUACCUAAAGAAAUGUUUUGGUUAGGUGUUAACCUUGAUAGAAUCACUCAGUUUGGUGCUUUAAAUUAAGUCUGUUUACUAUGAAACAAGAGUCAUUUUUAGAGGAUUUUAACAGGUUCAUGUUCUAUGAUGUAAAAUCAAGAUACACAGUGUUAACUCUACACAGCUCCUGGUGCUUAACCACAUCAACACAGUUAAAAAUAAGCUGAAUUAUUAUUAUUUCAUGGUGCCAUUGUUCCAACAUCUUCCAAUCAUUGCUAGAAAAUCAACAUAUUCCUUUGAAAUAAACCAAUGAAAUGUUUUCUCUGAAAAUAUCACUCCUACAUAAAAUAAUUCAUUAUUGUUAGUAAUGGUUGGAGGCUGUUCAUAACUUGUAAAUAUAUAUUUUAAAAGCACUUUCUAUUUUUAAAAAUAACUUGAAAUAGUAUAGUAUAUGAAUCCUAUUGUCUAUUGUUUGUGCAUAUUUGCAUCAAGAGAAAUCAUUUAUUCUUGCUGUGUAGAGUUCCAUCUUAUCUGCAGUAUGUAUUCUAAUCAUGUAUAUGGUUUGGUUUUUUUUUUUAAUGUGUCCUUUUACAUUCAAAUAUUAGCUACUUAUAUAAAAUACAUCAUGCAAAAAUUAUUAAUUAUCUCUAAAAUUCAAAUUAGGAAGCUUGUCACCAGUAUUGAUUAACAUUCUCUUUGGACUUGAGUGAGCAUAGUCUCUUCUGAUUUAUUGAGCAACAUUGGCCCCAGUUUACUUUCAUCCUAGCUUUCUCAGUAUAAUCCAUGAAAGGCGUUUCCAAAAGGAGAUGGACAUAAUAGGAUUCAGAAGAGUCAAAUGCUUCUAAUGUUUCAAGGUGGUAAAUUACAAAAAUUAAGCAGCAAGAAACCAACUCAUCCCUAAUUGCCUUAUUUGUUCUGAAAGUCAUUCUGAUACAAAAUAAGAAUAUGUAAUUCCUGUCAACUUUUUGAAAAUAACUUCCUUAUUAUCACAUACCCCUACACCCCAAAGAAAUAGUAGGAAUGAUAUUAUUCUAAGUAUGGUUCAUCUAUUGAGAACUAAUCUGAAGCAGUUUAACUAUCUAUACUCUAGGUAACAGGAAAGUAAGCAUUCUAUUAAUUUUCACCCUCCCAUUUUUUUUCCCUAUUACUUUAUUGGCUCACUUUGCAGCAAAACAAAAGGGAUUACCCAAACAAAACAUUUAGAACAAGAAAAACUUCCAAUGAAAUACUUGAUUUUGUAAAAAUGUAGAGGUGCUAUAAUAUCAUUUAAAGUGUCAGAUUCCUUGGGAGCAUGGAAAACCUAAUGGUGCUUCUCCCUUGGAAAUGCCAUCGGAAGCCCACAACCGCUAACACUCACAAUUUUGGUGCAAAAGCAAACAGUUCCAGUAAGCUCUCUAAAAAAAACUCACAAUUUAUAUUAAAAUAAUAUAUGGUGCAAAGUAUCAGUUUCAAGCUUUUGACAAAUGCAAGUAAAGGAAUAUGAAGGGAUUGUAAAUAACAAAAUGUCCAUUGAUAAACCUUCACCUUACACAAGUAUAUUUCCGUUUCUUGAAUAUGUAAAAUAGUUUAACUCAUUGUUUUAGUAAUUUUGUGUGCCUUAGAUUUCCGUUUUAAAACAUGUAUAUUUUUGUGAGCCUAAGGUUUCUUAUACAUAUAAGUAUAUAAAUAAGUGAUUAUUGUUUCAGCUGCUUCAACAUUACUAGUAUUAGACUAUCAGGAAUACACCAUUGUGAUAUUUGGUUUUAGAUUUUAGACCUUAGGUCCCAUUAGAAAUUAUUUCUUCACCAGUUUUAAUGGAUAAAGUUUCAAGACCUUUUCAUCUAUCCACCCAGCAAUCCAUUCUUCCAUUUCCAUUUUGCUCUUAUUGAAUGUUUGCAAAUUUUAAGUAUAGCUUUUUUUUUUCUUUGAAUUGUUAUCCAUGACAUAGCAAAGUUGACUAAUUAAAAUCCUAAAAGAUACUCUUAUACAUAUUUUUCAAAGAAAUAACAGAUUGCCUUCAAAUUAUUGUGAUGUGCUUGCAGUAAUUCAGUCUGUCACUAACUUUCAUUAAGUUCCUUAACUAUUUAAAUUUGCAGCACCAAUGUUGAUUUAGGGGAAUACUGGAAUUUGUGAAGUUAGUUUCAAUUUACCAAAAUAAGUACAUGAAAAUAUCUGGUCUUAACUAAAAUGCUUCCGUUCCUUUGUUGUAAUUAAUAAUAUGAAUGGCCUUCCUCAACAUGGGAGCCACAUUGGGUUCCUAUUUUGUUGAACUCUAUUUCAUAAGUUCAGUAGUUUACCAGCCCAUUGUUGCCCUGUGAUUUUUAUUUUAAGCUCAUUCUGAUGCAAUGUUCUGCAGCAUUGUGAUUUUAUGCUGGUUGCACUGCUGUUAGAAUGUUUUUUCUCAUGAACCAAGGAAAUAAAUUUGUUUGAAAUGUUAUUUUCACUCAGAAAACUGGUCAUUAACAUUAUUUCUAUACUCUAUUGUUUUACCGAAAGGAUCGCCUUUUAUCUUACCCUUUAGAGCACUCAAAUUGGUUUUAAGUUUUCUCUUCUUUUGUUCAUGGUAUGAUAAUUGAAUUCAUUAAUACAUGACCCGCAAGUUAGCCCAACCUGUUCAUAAUAUGUUACUAACUUACCGACAGUAAUACAAAUAAUUCCUACCUAUUGCAGAAUCCAUAAAAUACUAUGUUGCCCUUCAAAAUCCAAUUUCUAAUGGCCAUUAAUGAAAAUUUUUUUCUUGUGCUUAUCAGCCUCACCUACAUCUUUCCAAUUUAUCCACAAAGUAUCAACUACAUAUGUCACAGACCUAAUUGAAAUAUAAUAUUGGAAAGUGAGGCUAGCUGAAAAUGUAUAGCUAUAGGUAAAUAUUUGCAACAUGUUAGCAAAAUAUUUGCAUUUUAAAUAAACUUCCAACAUCUUUAUUAUGCAGACUGCAUGUGGAUGAAAUAAUUUCGUUAAAUAUAGAAUUUCAACUAGAUGAGCUCCACGAGCAAUUUACUUAAGACAUAACCCCAAUGCAUACUUAAUUGAAUGCGUACCCUUGUGUAAAUGAGAUACCGGCCAUUCAUAUGAAGCAACCUACUUUCUAAUGUCUUUACAUAAGUGGACUCCUAUGGACUAUCAUUUAUUUCACAAUAGCAUGCAGCAAAAUAACCUCAAACUAUUUAAGUUUCGUCUUUAAACAAAUUAUAUUAACACCUCUUUAUCUGGGUCAAAGCUUUGACAUUAUUGCAUGACAGCUUCAACCAAUAGUGGGCACAGCCAGCCUUUCCUUUGACUAUGCCAAGUAAAUCAGUAGCUGUAUGUGAUGUUUAAAAAUAUAUAGCUACCUUCUAUUUCACAACUUCUUGAUGCAUGGAAAUCUUUUUUUGUCUAGAUUUAGCCCAACUGUGAGUUUUGAUGUUUUGUAGAAAUUUAUGACGAGAAUUGUGAAAUAAGAUAACGUGAUAGUGGCUGCUCACAGCACUGGAAGCCACCUUAGAAGUCAUAGAGUUCAAUCACUGGGGCCCAGAGAGUAGAUGUCGAUGUCAGUGUGUAAUUAUGUUUGUAAUUAGAACUUAAAUAGUCAAAUGAAGGCCACUUUGUGGUUAGGAGGACUGUACAAAAACAAACUUGGUUUGCUCACCCAGAGGGUCUUUUAUCACUGGGAAAUAACCUUAGUUUAGUAUGAGUAAAAGUGGCAUUGGGGUUUUUUCUGAGAAGUUCAGGGGAAGCAGGUAAAAUUAGAUAAAGAUUCCACUGCCUGCAGACUUUCAUGGGCCUUGUGUGGGAAAUAGGACUUUUCCCUGUGAAACUGCCUUUGUAACUUAUUCUACAAAAUGUGGCAAUAGUCUUAUUGCUACUUGAAUAAACAAAUACCAAGUACUUCUAUGGUAUAGAAUUUUUUAUUUCCCCUGAAACGAGUGUCAGGCAUAAAUAAGGAGUAAUCAAGAUUGAAUGGAUGACAUAAUUGAGGAAAUUCUAUUUCCACUGUAUAUACUACCUAACCAUCCUUGUACAGUCUAUUCAUGCCUCUUGCCUAGUUGGCCUCACAAUGAAGUGCCAGUAUAGUUUACUUUGAUGUGACUGUCUACAUAUAUUAGAACAUUGUUUUACUGUGCACAGCUCCUUAACUUGCCCAUAAGUGUAUUGAACUUGUAACUUCGACGUCAGUAGUACAGCGCAUUUAGUCAAGUGAUAUAAUCAGCACCCUGAUUCUUGAAGGCAUCUGGAUUUAUCCAAAUCAAGUUGUGCUCCAUGUUGAGUUUUCUGACAGUUUUAGAAGUUGAUGCCAUUCAUGGUUCUGGAAUGCAAUUCGGAAAAGAUUACUAUGUCCUUUGUCGGAAGCUGAAUUUGUGUAUUUUCUUACACUGUACUGAUUUUACUUUUCUCUUUUACAUAAAAAAAGACUAAGUUCCUCUGUUAAUAACAGAUGAUGGAAUUGCCUUUUCUGCAGGCAUCACCCUUUUUGUCCACGCUGAACUCUAGUCUUUAAUUCCCUGCAUUCCAGUAUCUGGAUGAUUUUGUUUCAAUUCCCAUUUGUUUUAGACACCCAGUCAAAUGCUGUUGUUUGUUUCAAAAGGCAUUACUUUAUUCCUUCAAGUAAUCCAAAGGCUGAAGACAUUCCUUAUUUUGUCUUCUACUUUUUCUGCUCCUUCAAGGGCCCCACAAUGUGUUUCUCUUUUGGUAGUUUGUCAUUUUUACUAUUUCUUGCUUCAGAAAUCCAACAUUAAUCUUUCCUCUGUUGACUGUGCUCCUUUGCAAACCCUGCUGUGAUAGCCUUGAUCCUACCUUGGUUGGAAGUUUUCUUCUCGUUUUUAGCCAAGGAUGUCUUCUAAAUUAAAGCCAAACUUGAUAUGAGGUAGAAAUGUUAUUCAGACAUUAAAUAUAUUAGCUGGUUUAACUCAUUGGAGUGCAACUCUGGAAACCCUGGUUAAAGUAUAAACCUGGUUUCCCUAAAAAUAGAAGUUUAGUCCCUAGCAGCUGUUAGGAAAAGCGUUCUCUCUUGUCUUAUUCAUCAGAAAAAAAUCUUGCAGCUGUCAGAAACAUUUUCAUCUGAGGAGAAACAAUAUUGGAAAGUAACGGUUUCUUCUCCAUUUUGCAUGGGGUAACAACAUCUUUCACUAGAAACCCCGCUUGUUGUUAUUUUUCUGUUUUCGUUUUACUGAUGCUGCAAUGUCACUAGUGUAGUAUUUUCAUUCCUUUUGAGGGUUUUUAUCCUUUACUCUGAUUUUCUUUAAAAAUUUUUUUGUCCCUUCCCCUCUGUUCUGUCUCCAUUCCCCACAACCUCUACACAAAUACAUGGUUCACUUUAAGAAUAGCAGUGGUCUUGGUCAAGUUGUUGUUUCCUAUCUUUUGAAAAAUCACAUUUUGCAAAUCCUUUUAGGAAUCACACCAAAAAGAAUCGAGGUUUUUUUCAGCCACUUAGUGAAGGGCAAAUUAAGCUUAGAAAUAGUGAUCAUAAGACCUCAACUCAUCCAUUUGUGCUUGAGUAUUUUACAAAAAGUUGUAUAAGAAGUUAAAUAUUCUAGCACUAUUUCUGUAUGGCUUUGCUAUUUCUGUAUUAUGCAUCAUACUAAUUAUAAAUUGACCAGUGACUUUGAAUUAGUAACAGGUCUGAUCAGUAGAAUAGAUGGUAUAUUUUUUGCAUGUUCUCCACCCAAUUUUGUGAAUGGUAGCUACUUUCUAAUGUAAAUUCACCCCUUUGGAAUUUGGUUGUUGGCAAUAAUGGGAACGUUUCUGUAAUCUGAGUGAGAAAUGUCUAAAAUGGACUGGAAAUAAUUGGAAGAAUUCUUAAAGAUGGGCUAUGUCAGAACCUUUUUUGAGCACAAUGGGGGGAAGUUAAUGGGCAGGAAGUUGGGAGAAUUGUGUUCCAAUCCAAUCAGUUCACUCUAUCAGUUCAACAACAAGAAAUAUUUUUAAUAUUUCUCCCCACUUCAUAUCAAUUUACCUAGAAAAUAGCUCAAAAUGAGGAACCAUUUUGAAAGCAUGUAUGGUAGUAAAAAUUUUAAUCCUUGUACUUUAUAAUGUUUUAGAUUUUUGAACUGCCUUACUAUAUGCCACUAUUUUCUUCCCAACACCGAGGGUUGAACUGAAAGUGAUAUUCCCAUUUUACUGGUAAGGAACCUGCAGAUUGGCAAAAAUAAAUGUCUUAUUACAAGUCAAUCCAUGUGACACCAUAACAUUUAAUAUCUGCAGAUUGCUAAAAGCAUUUCUGCACCAUAAACUAUGACUUACAGAGUGUUAUCAAGUAGAAAUUUUGUCAGGCCUAAUGUAAAGUAAUAUAAAAUCUAUUUAGUGUAUGCAAAAGAUGCUUCUGAAGUGUUUUGUUUUGUUUUGUUUCACUAUUUAUUUGUCCGGCUACUUCCUGAUGCAUACUUCAGAAGAUCUCUCCCAGAUUCCCCAGACUUGUACAUCAAGGCUUAAAUGAACAAAUUUUAUUUUCCUCCAUAAAGAUCUUUUUUUUAAUAAAGAAUGUCCCCAUCAUGUCUCAGCCUUUUGGCUAAGAUCAAAUGUAUAAAGAAUGUCCCUGUACUACUAAUGUGGGGAAACCUAAAUAAUUGGGUUUUUUUUAUUAUUUUUAAAAAGACUAAGAUCAGCAGCUCAUAAAGUCCAAUGUGCUUGUUACAUUGAAGUACAGGUUUCUUGAAGAGAAAUUGCUGGGUAAACUGAUAAUUUCAGUUGCCUGGCACUCAUAAUGAAAAAAAAAAUUGUUGGCAUCUCUAAGAGAUAGUACUGUCUCCCUCUUAUUUGAAUUUUUGUUGUUGUUGGUUCCACUUUGUUUCCAGCCACAAAAAAAAAAAAUCUCUAGGUCAAAGCUUAAACAUACCUUUGCCCAGGGAGUUAAGAAAAAUGAGAUGUGCUUGUAAAGUUUUUAGUAAGCUCUUUAUAAAGAGGCAGGUAUUGACUAUUCCAUCAGAUUAUAGGGUUUACUACAGAAAAACCAAGGCCAAACAACCCUAAAUUAUCAAAUAAACUACUUGCCUAACCUCAGUAAUGCCUGUUUGUAAUAUUGUAAGAUGACUGAUAACAUAGGACUUUACAAAAACAGCUCUUUAAAAAAAAAAAGCAAAGAUUAAAUAUUUUUUAUCGCUAUGUAUGGUCAUAUUUUUUUUUAACUUUUAUGAGAUAACAUUGUUAUAGGUGCUUUAAGAGAAAUAUUUUUUCAGAAAUGGUUUUAUAGUAAAAAUGAAGGGCAGCUUUUGCAUUGUAAUGUAUGGGUGGAUGUUCAUCUUUAGUAAGAAAUCCUAAAGUAUUCCCUAAAGAAAAACUCGCAGAACUACUUGGAAGAAAGAAAAGCAUUAAUUUCUAGUUUCUUCAUUCUCUCUUAUGUUGUAUGGUGACCUACCAAGUAGACUCACACACAUAUCUAUACUUUGGUUCAAAGAUGACGGAGUGCUUACCACUAGUGAAAGUAAAAUAUGUAAAUUCUUCAGCAUGGUGAAAUAGUGGUACUGAAUUCCUAAUAGAGUAUCAAUUACACAAGCUAAUAUUCUUAUCCCAAACUACUAGCUUCUCUCUUUGGGGUGUAUUUCCUAUUUAUUUUAUACUUUUUUUUUUUUUUUUUUUUUUUUUGCUUUGGGCAAUUUAUUUUUACCUAUCACUGUCCUGCUGUACUAAAUAUCCCAUACAAUGAAAUAAGUUAGUAAGUAAAAGGUUUUUAAAUUUCAUGAAUAUCUGUUUUUGGUUCUUAACAUAUGGAGGAAACAGUUUCAAGAAAAAGCACUUCACCAUGUAGAAGGGAAAAACAACCUUAAUUAUGAUGAGUUCAAUCAACAUGUAGUGCUCUGCGGACUAGGGAACACUUACUAGCAGUACUUGAAGACUUGUGAGUUGGAAUUGCAUGUUACUUGAAAGACCUAAUUAAGCUAAAUUUUGGUGCACAGCAGUUGUACAUGAUUUCAUGUUUAUGUAGCAAAAUGCAUUGAAAUGUACUAGUAUUGAAACAUACAUGUGAAGAUAGUUGUGGAAUUUGUCUAUUAUAUUUUCCUUGUGUGUCUCAUUUGUUUAGAGCAUAAAGUUUUCUUUUUUUUAAAUUGUUCUAACUGAAUAAGGCUAAAUGAAUACUGUAAUUGAAAUUAUAUUUUAAAUCUUUGUCAUGAGUUUUUAAAAAAACUAUUGCAAAUUGUAUCAUUCCUGAUUACACAGAACUUUGUGGGUGGUUUUAAAUAAAUUU